CCGGAAGUCUUUUCUUGAUCUCUUCCUCAGCACCUUCCCCUUCUUUGGCCCUACAAGAUCUCGGGACAUGAGCCGAAAGAGGCAGCACCUGGCCCCGGAGACUUUGGGACUGAAGAGGCGGCGGGAACGAGAGCCGGCAGAGGCAGGUCCUUUGAGGGACGAGGCAGGAUCGGUGCGCGCGGCAGUCGCGGAGCUGGUGCGGCUGUUCCCGCGAGGCUUGUUCGAGGAUGCGCUGCCGCCCAUCGCCCUCAGGAGCCAGGUGUACAGCCUUGUGCCGGACCGGACGGCAGCCGACCGGCAGCUGAAAGAACUUCAGGAACAGGGGGAGAUCAGAGUCGUCCAGCUAGGCUUCGACCUGGAUGCCCAUGGGAUUAUUCUCACCGAGGACUACAGGACCAGAGUCCUCAAGGCCUGCAGUGGGCGAUCAUAUGCUGGAGCUGUGCAGAAGUUUCUGGCUUCGGUGCUUCCAGCCUGUGGGGACCUUAGCUUCCAGCAGGACCAAAUGAUACAGACCUUUGGCUUCCGGGACACAGAGAUCACGCAGCUGGUGAAUGCUGGAAUUCUCACUGUCCGAGACGCUGGGAGUUGGUGGCUGGCUGUGCCUGGAGCUGGGAGAUUCAUUAAGUAUUUUGUUAAAGGGCGCCAGGCCGUCCUUGGCAUGGUCCGGAAGGCCAAGUACCGGGAGCUACUCCUUUCGGAGCUCCUGGGCCGGCGGGCGCCUGCCUCGGUGAAACUCGGCCUUACCUACCACGUCCAUGACCUCAUUGGGGCCCAGCUGGUGGACUGUGUAUCCACCACAUCUGGAACCCUUCUGCGCCUGCCAGAGACAUGAGGAGUCUACUCAUCAUGGCAAACCUCCCCAGAGUGGAUCCCAGGAGUGUUGCCCAGUGGUGGAUGAGACAGGGUCACCUUGCGAAAGCUUGGGGCCAGAAUGAUCAGUGUUUGACUCGUGGGUGUGUAACGUUAGAUGUGACUGCUGCUGUUGACCCGGGCUCUGAGCCAGUGGUGGGGUCUGGGCAGCGCUUCUCUGCCCUUCCAUGGAACUGGAGUCAGAGAGCGUGCCAAGGCCAUGGCUGCUGUGUUUCAUGCAGCAAGGUGCUACUGUUACUGUCCUGGGCUGGGAAGGUGGGGUUUCCAAGGCGGCUAGUGAGGGAGGGCAGGGUUCUCUUCCCUAUAUGCUGUGUUGAAGCUGCCAAAUAAAGUAUUUCUG